AUGGCACUGGGUAGCGCUGGUCAUGCAGGGGUCAGCGCUUCAGCAAUCGACUGCCAAUCGCAGAGUCCGACUCGAAGGGCGAGUGGGGAACGUAUUGACUUUGACCCUGUCAUUGACCAAGUUCCUAGAAUCUUCAACAACUCGAAUUCGAUGGCCUCGACGACGACAAGUAACGAUGAUUUUGUUCACGGGAUAGCAAUAAAACUCUCCAGGGCAAUGGUCGCCCUCAACCCUGUUAUUUCAGUCAAUCCAAACGACUUGUUGGCCCGCAAUGUCAUUAAUCUAGCAAGGGACAAUGACUCGGUCGAGUCUUUCAUGAAAGCUGCCAGAGCGUUUGGAAAAUUCCAGGACUCGUUUCUGUUCGAAUUGUAUACAGAAAUCCGAACUCACAUCAAGGAGGAAACGACUGGCGUUUCGGCACAACCUGUACCUGGAAUCACCGUCCAUGAUAGCGACGUUUUGGAACCCGCUCCAGUUCGACCUGGUGGAUUACAGAGACCUGACAAGCGUCAUACGUUCAGGCAACCGGCCAAGUUGGAACCCCCGACACCUCGAGCAUCGGUACUGGGUCUGGACAGACUGGCGUCGGAGAAGCGGGCUGCACUGGCGAUGGAGAAGGCUGGGGGUUCCAGCGAGAGCAGGAAAAGGCCUCGGCUCGAUGACGGAGAUGAACCGUUUUUCAAAGUCCCCAGUAUCCCUGCGCGCGUAGCCAAUCAGCGUCAACGUGGAGAGGAAACACCCUCUCAUCCAGGUGGCUUGUCAGAGGUUGCGAGAAAGCGGUUGGAGGAGCACAAGAGGAAUAGGGAAAAACAACGAGAGGGUUUGCAAGCGAGGAACGAACCUCGAAGUGACGCACCUAAAGGUCUGGGAGACUUCCAGCGUCGAUCGAAUCGUGAUUGGGACCGCCGUGGUCGUGACCGAGACUACCGUGAUAGAGACUACCGUGACGGAGGGAGCUCGCGCGACGCACCAAGCGUCCGAGUUCCAAACGUAGGGUGGGAGUCGACACCUAAGCACCCGCGGGGGGACGAUGGAGGAUGGGGAGGAGCGAGGGACCGCCGAUGGGACGCGCCGACACCCAGGAUUGCACGUGCGGGAGAGGACGAGGAAGGCGCAGCCAUCAACUUUGAUAUGCGGGAGUGGGAGGAAGAGCAGGUCAAGUUGGAUAGGGAUUGGUAUACUGGAGCAGAGGAUGGCGGCGUGGCAGGAGACGAGGAUCAUAAUCCUUUGGCACAGUAUGAAGAUCUGGCCGCUUCCAAGCAGGCGGAGAUUGCGACGAAGCAGACGAGGAAGAUCUCUGCUCGUCAAGCACAAUACAAUGCCGACAACGAUCUUUGGGAAGCUAAUCGAAUGCUUACGUCCGGUGUGGCCACUCGCAAGACUAUCGACCUUGACUUUGAAGAUGAAUCCGAGUCAACCGUGCAUGUUAUGGUUAAGAACCUCAAGCCGCCUUUCCUGGACGGCAAGACUGUCUUCACGAAACAAUUGGACCCUAUCAACCCAAUUCGAGACCCGACGAGCGACAUGGCCGUAUUCUCAAAGAAAGGAAGCGCCCUGGUCAAAGAAAAGCGCGAGCAAGCCGAGCGAGCGAAAGCAGCUGCCAAACUGGCCGCACUUGGUGGUACCGCUUUGGGUAACAUCAUGGGUGUGAAAGAUGAAGAGGCCGAAGCAGAAGCGGAAGCCGAGCAGAAAGCCCGGGAGGCUAAAGAGAAGGGCGAGGAGAAUUACAAGGGCGACUCCAAAUUUGCUACCCAUUUGAAGUCUUCUUCCGGUGUUAGCUCAUUCGCGAAGAGUCGGACUUUGAAGGAGCAACGCGAGUAUCUUCCUGCGUUUGCGUGUAGGGAGGAGCUUUUGAAGGUUAUCCGAGAGAACCAAGUUGUCAUCGUGGUUGGUGAGACUGGUUCAGGUAAGACGACACAGUUGGCCCAGUUCUUGUACGAAGAUGGGUAUUGCCAGUACGGUCUUGUUGGAUGUACGCAGCCCCGUCGUGUUGCUGCCAUGUCCGUCGCCAAACGUGUCAGCGAGGAGAUGGAGUGCAAGCUUGGCGGGACCGUUGGCUAUGCCAUUCGUUUCGAGGAUUGUACGUCUGCCGAGACGAAGAUCAAGUACAUGACCGAUGGUGUCCUCCUGCGUGAAUCGCUUAAUGAAGGGGACCUUGAUCGUUAUAGCGUUAUCAUCUUGGAUGAGGCCCAUGAAAGGUCUCUGAGUACGGACGUGUUGAUGGGUUUAUUGAGGAAGAUCUUGUCCCGUCGUCGAGAUCUCAAGCUCAUCGUCACUUCUGCCACCAUGAACGCUGAAAAAUUCUCCAACUUUUACGGCAAUGCUCCAUGCUAUACCAUUCCGGGGCGAACUUUCCCUGUCGAAAUUUUCCACUCCAAGUCUCCUUGCGAAGACUAUGUGGAUGCGGCUGUCAAGCAAGUACUGCAGAUUCAUCUUUCGCUGCCUCCGGGAGAUAUCCUGGUUUUCAUGACUGGACAAGAGGAUAUUGAGGUUACUUGUCAAGUCGUGCAAGAGCGACUGGAUCAGCUGGAUGAUCCACCGCCACUGGCUGUCUUACCCAUCUACUCCCAAAUGCCGGCGGAUUUGCAGGCGAAGAUUUUCGAUGCUACCGAUGAUGGCCGAAGAAAGGUUAUCGUUGCGACCAACAUUGCGGAAACGUCUUUGACUGUCGAUGGUAUUCUGUAUGUUGUCGACUCGGGAUACUCGAAGCUCAAGGUGUACAACCCGAAAGUUGGUAUGGACGCUUUGCAGAUCACGCCGAUAAGCCAGGCGAAUGCGAACCAGAGAACGGGUCGUGCUGGACGAACAGGAAGUGGGUUCUGCUAUCGCCUGUAUACGGAGAUGGCAUACAGGAAUGAGUUGUUUGAGAACACUAUUCCUGAGAUUCAGAGGACCAAUUUGGCGAACACGGUCCUACUUCUAAAGUCUCUGGGUGUGAAGAAUCUUUUGGAGUUUGAUUUCAUGGAUCCUCCACCUCAGGCCAAUAUCCUCAACUCGAUGUACCAACUUUGGGUACUUGGGGCGCUCGACAACAAUGGUGAUCUCACACCCAUUGGUCGCAAGAUGUCAGAGUUCCCGAUGGAACCGUCCAUGGCGAAGAUGUUGAUUGCUUCGGUCGAGUACAAGUGCUCGGCGGAGAUGUUGACGAUUGUGUCAAUGUUGUCUGUUCCGAGUGUGUUUUAUCGACCUAAGGAGAGGAUGGAGGAAGCGGAUGCUGCGCGUGAAAAGUUCAAUGUUCCGGAGAGUGAUCAUUUGACACUUUUGAACGUGUUUAACCAGUGGAAGAGCCACGGAUUCCAGGAUAGCUGGGCUAUGCGGCACUUUUUGCAUCCCAAACUUCUUAGGAAAGCGCGGGAAGUACGAGCGCAGCUGGAGGAUAUUAUGAAGUUCCAGAAGAUGGAUAUCGUUUCUGCUGGGACAGAUUAUGAUCUUUUGAGGAAAGCGAUCACGGCUGGGUACUUCCAUCAGGCUGCAAGGGUGAAGGGUAUCGGAGAGUUUGUCAAUAUCCGAUCUGGCCUGCCGACGCAUUUGCACCCUACGAGUGCUCUGUAUGGGCUUGGAUAUACGCCGUCAUAUGUGGUGUACCAUGAGCUUAUCCUCACCUCGAAAGAGUACAUGACCCAGGUCACUGCUAUCGACCCGUAUUGGCUAGCUGAACUCGGACCCGUGUUCUACUCUGUUAAAGAGAAGAACUUCGACGGAAGGUCAGACACACGUCAAAUUUCGCGCGAAUUCUCCAAGCAAAAGGAGAUUGAGCAGGAGAUGGCGCGGCAGCGUGAGGAGGCUGCUAGGAAGGAAGCGGAGCUUGCUUUGGCGAAGCAGAAGAAGAGCGGGGGUUCAAGCCAGCAGAAGGUGGUUAUACCCGGCACGCCUCGCCACACUGGUGUUGGAGCUGGAGCUCGUGUUACACAGACUCCUAGACGAAGAGUUGGGAUUUAG